UCACAAUCACGAAGCAUAAGACAUUACAUUGGGCUCAUUUUAAACCGGGUCAAAUACUCGAAUUGGGUAUAUCUUACGAGCCUUGAUCGAUUGCCAAAACGACGUUUACUUUUUGAACAUUCACUAACCUGUGAUUAUAUUCGUCUGUGCUGGAAUCCUCUGAUAUGGUGAUUCAGCCACCAGUAAAGGCUCAAAGGAUCACAAACUAUCUGAAACCAUAUCUCUUAAAGAUGCACUUCUCAAACAAGUAUGUAAGUGCUCAGGUGAUUCAUGCACCAACUGCAACUGUUGCAUCUGCCGCAAGCUCGCAGGAGAAGGCUCUACGCGAAGCCUGGACCAAAACACAACAAAGCACGAGAGACGUUGCUGCUGCUGCAAAGAUCGGGAAGCUUUUAGGCGAGAGGUUGCUGCUUAAAGAUAUCCCUGCGGUCUCUGUUGUCUACAAGAAAGAUCAAAGAUAUCAUGGUAAGGUGAGAGCUGUCAUUGAUUCGUUAAGGGACACAGGCGUCACUUUGCUUUAAGUUUGUUUUCUCAUAACAUAAUGUGGGAACAAGCCAUGUAUGUUGGAUUUUGGAAUUUCUAUGCAUUGCAGUGUUUGCGCACACAUAACAACAUAUGAACCUAGUAUUUUACGAUAAUGAAAUGUAUCCAUGCGGUCUUAGGACGAGCCAGGUGGAGCUAUGGUCAUGAA